AUGCGCGCCGCGACGCUGCGGCUGCUCGCGACCGCGGCGCUCGCGGCGCGCGCCGACGCGGCGCUGCCGGCGGCGCUGGCGAAGGCGUCGAGCGUGCUGAAGAGCGGGCGCGUGCUCGCGCAGCUGCGGACCUUCUUCGCGUCCGGCGGGCCCGGGUCGCGCUUCCGGAUCGGCCUCGAGCUCGGCUGCGUCGAGGGCGGCCAGCGCCUCGGCACCGCGGCGAGCCGCCAGUGGCGGAAGCCCGCGGACCACGACCUCCUCGACAGCAAGUGGGGCCUCGAGAGCUCGCUGCCGCUCAUGGUCGCGUCGAGCCCCUGGUUCGCCCGGCCCGGCGAGCGAGCGAACGCGUCGCUCGUCGUCUUCCGGCCCCGGGCCCACGCGCGGAGCGACCUGAGCCGGUGCCGCGCCGCCGUCGACCCGCGGAACGACCGGACGGACCUCUGGUUCGUGGCGAUGACGGACCGGGGCCGCUGCUGCGACGGGGGCCAGCUCCGGGACCCGGGCCUGCUGCGCCACCACUUCCUCGUCGUCGCCGGCGAGCGAGCGACGGGCGAGUGGCUCUUCCGCGAGCACUCGGAGCGGCACGCGUGGCGCGCGCCGCCGACGCGGGACACGGCGCCCCGCGUGCGCUGCUUCGACAACGCCAUGGACGUGGCCCUGCCGCCGCCGGCGUUCCUCCGGCGCCGCGGCGACGAACGGGCCGCGGCGGCCGCGACCGCGCGCGCGCGCAACGCGAGCCGGCGGUGGCUCGCGAUGCACGCGGAGGGCGGCGUGAGCCCGCCGGAGUACGACCUGCGCCGGGCGCUCUCGACGCUCUACGCGCCGGACUGGUGGGAGAACAAGGGCAAGGUCCCGCCCUUUGGCGACGAACUCUACGUCCGGAAGAAGAUGGCGCGGCCCGAGCACGCGGAGGCGCUCUUCGCGUCCAAGUUCUGCCUCGUCGUCGAGGGCUUCGCGCCCUGGACGCCGCGCCUCGCCGAGGCCAUCGCCGCGGGCUGCGUCCCCGCCUUCCUCUCGCCCGCGUACCGCCCGCCGUUCGCGGACGUGCUCGACUGGCCCGCGUUCUCGGCGACGCUCCGCCGCGACGACGUGGGCAACCUGCGCGACGCGCUCGCGAAGCUGGACCACGCCGCGCUCCACGCGAACCUGCUCAAGGUGCGGGACCUGUUCGCGUUCCACGUCGACGCGGGCGGCGCGGGCGGCGCGCUGCCGCUCGCGGUCUUCGAGAUGUGGCGCCGGGCCCGCGCGCGCGCGCGCGGCGGCGACCGCUACGCGGGCCGCGACGGCCGGCCGGGCGUCGUCGCGGCCCUCGUCGCCGCGGACGGCGCGCCCGCGCGCGGCCGCGCGCGCGCCGCGCGCGCGGACGUCGCCUACGCCUGCGCGGACGACGGCGAGUCGUGCGCCUAUUCGCUCCACGGGACGACGUGGAACUGCUCCACGCGCACGCCGAUGGCCUGCGGGUGUGUGGUCGCGAGCCCCGCCUCCGAGGCCGUGAUAUCGAUGGGCCCGAAGGGCGUGCGGAUGGCGCGGAGCGUGCCGGAAAAGCCGCGGCGCGGCGCGCGCGGCAGGAAGAGCGCGCCGUCGAUGGCGGCCGCCGCGUCGACGCCCGCCUUCAAAAACGCCCAGUCGGGCCGCCAGCCAAACACGGACCGCACGAAGGCGUCGGCGAUGGACGCCGGCGGGCUCGACAGCGCGCGCUCCGUGUUGGGCCAGAACGGCGGCUCCCAGGCCUCCUCGCCGUCGAACCACUCGGGCCACGCGGGCGCGUAGGGCCCCUGAGGCACGGGCUUGCCGCCGUUGGGCUCGCCGCUGCCGCCGUCGAGGAACGCGGCGACGUAGGGCGGCGUCGUCACCGCGACGCCCUGCGCGGGCAUCGUCGCCGUCGCGGCCUUGGUGAGGUUCCGGAGGAGCGCUAGCGGCGCGUCGAGGGCCUGCGUGAGGUCCGCCAGCGCGUCGACGGCGAAGCCGGGCAGGCCCCCGUAGGCGCCCGUGCCCGUCCAGUCCGGGCGGAACGCGAGCUUCUGCGUCGUCGACGGGUCUUUCGCGUCGACGUUUCGCAUGACGGCGUCUUCGAGCGACAGCGCGCGCGCCCAGCCGUCCGUCGCGAGCUCGCGG